AUGAAUUCGAACCAUUUAUUCAAAGAGCAUUCUUCUCAUUUUCUGGAUUCCGAAGGUCCCAUACUUUUGGAAGGAUUAUAUUCUUCUCAAAACUUGCGGUUCACCAUGCACUGUCGUACACGAUUCUUGAAUCCAUUUAUCAAUCCAACACUUUCCAGUUCACUUUCAGAAAUUCUACCAAAUCAUCAGCUGAAAACGACUGAAUCAAUGGCAAACUCAAUCUUCAAAUCCCACGUAUUCCGCAAAAACUCUCGAGAAAUGUGCCUGUGGCCUAAAACCAUUCUCCCAAACAAUGCUACUCUAUCCAGUUGUAGACGAUUCUCCAACCUACCUUUUCUUCUACCUAAUCAUAUUCGUCUUCGUUCUUCUUCUCUUCCGAUUUGCCGUAGUCUUCUUGUUCAUCUUGUUCCUUGUGUUCCUCUGCACCGACGUCGUUUAUCUCCUGACUUCGUUUCUAUGUCCUCCAUAACCCCGUCACAGGACAUCGGUGCCAAUCCCCCUAAAACUGUGAGGUGA